CAGGGAACAUUAAAAAGUUGCACAAAGCUAACGCACGAUGUCAGAUUGUAGCUGAACAGAGUGCACGACAGGGUGUAAAAUAAUUUCAAUUAUUCGUUUAAUCUGCUAAAACGAGCUGUGCCUUCUGAUGAGGAUUUACGUGAAUGUAAAUAUGUGUUAAAUAAAGCCGCUGGGUUGCUGCUCAAGGGGAUUUACGAUGUUCGCUUGUUAGCAUAGUGAGCAUUACUUCUAGAGCAAAUGUUGCAUUAGCUGCUGACUGGCACCUUCGUAAAGAAUCUGAGAAGAGAAUGGAAGGAGUGAUGGAGGAAAAUACAGAAAGGGGGACCAGUGUGGCUGUAAAGGGUGAAGCUGCCAUCAAACCAGAAUUUCUUACCACAAAAGAAAAGUUUCAUGACCUUAUAGACUCAGAAUGGCAGGGCUGUAAAGGAGAGACGACCGGUGAAAGUGACACGCCUGAAGAGGUGAAGGACACGUCUGUGGGGGAGCCUGAACCUAAAAGGGUGAAAUUAGACCCCGAAGAGGAGAAGAAGGUAGAAAAAACAGAUAGGAAAAGAUUUCGGGGACAGAAUAAGUCAAGACCCCACACAAAGCCCACCACGUAUGAAGAAAAACGACUGUGUUUGUCAGUCAUUCAGAAAAGAGAGUGCACCUUUGGAGACAAAUGCACUUUUUACCAUGAUGUUGCCGCGUACAUGGCCUCCAAGCCUGCUGACAUCGGGGAACGCUGUUACCUCUAUGAGACAUUUGGAAAGUGUGAAUAUGGACUCACCUGCCGCUUUUCUAAGGAGCACACUACACCUGACUUUCAAACCACAGAGAAGGAAGACCUGGUGAAAGCUUUUGAAGGCCGAACUUUGACCAAGAACAACUUAAGCAAGGACCUGCAGUUUCGUCUGAGGAAGCGCUCGGUUGCUUUUAAAAAGUCCGAAGAGUACCUGAAAACACUUUCAAACAACAAAGAUAAAAAAAGGCAUCAUGGAAAUGCUAACCAAGCGGAAGUGUGUGCUUCUGAGGGAUCUGCAGACCCAAAAGAUGAAAAUGUUGCUGCUGAUAAACAGCUGAACACCGACCCAGAUAACCCUCCUCCCGUCAAGACUUUAGGCCCGCUAACCGAUGCAGAUGUCACCAAAUUGCGCCCAUGUGAAAAGAAACAGGUGGAUUUUCGAGACAAGCUCUACCUUGCUCCCUUAACAACUUGUGGGAACCUGCCUUUUCGGCGUGUGUGUAAGCGUUUUGGAGUAGACAUCACCUGUGGGGAGAUGGCCAUGUGCACCAAUCUGCUGCAGGGGCAUCAGUCAGAGUGGGCCCUCCUGAAGAGACACGAGAGUGAAGAUCUGUUCGGUGUGCAGGUUGAAGGUUGCUUCCCCGACACCAUGACGAGGUGUGCAGAGCUCAUCAACACCUACGCCGAUGUUGAUUUUGUGGACAUCAACUCUGGGUGCCCCAUUGAUCUUGUUUACAAAAAGGGUGGAGGUUGUGGCUUGAUGACAAGAACCAGAAAAUUUGAACAGAUCAUCAAAGGAAUGAACCAUGUCCUUGAUGUGCCUUUAACAGUCAAGAUCCGCACUGGUGUUCAGGAGAAGUCCAGCAUAGCACACAAACUCAUCCCAGAAAUGAAGACUUGGGGCGUCUCUAUGAUCACUCUGCAUGGCAGAUCUAGGGAGCAGCGCUACACCAAGUUAGCCGACUGGGAUUACAUCAACACAUGUGCAGAGCUGGCGAGUCCCAUCCCACUGUUUGGAAAUGGAGACAUUCUGUCCUAUGAAGAUGCCGUGAAAGCCAGAGAGACCGGCGUUUCUGGUAUCAUGAUUGCAAGGGGCGCUCUCAUCAAACCUUGGAUCUUCACUGAGAUAAAGGAGAACAGACAUUGGGACAUCUCAUCCAGCGAGCGGCUGGAUAUCCUCAAGGAUUUCACCAACUAUGGCCUGGAGCACUGGGGCUCUGACACCCGAGGUGUGGAGAAAACCCGCAAAUUCAUGCUGGAGUGGCUCUCCUUCAUGUGCAGAUAUAUUCCUGUGGGUCUAUUGGAGCGAAUGCCUCAGAAGAUCAACGAAAGGCCUCCGUAUUACAUGGGCAGGAACUAUUUGGAGUCACUGAUGGCCAGUCAAAAUGUUGGUGACUGGAUCAGGAUCAGUGAAAUGCUGCUCGGACCUGUGCCGAAGAAUUUCAUCUUUUUACCUAAACAUAAAGCAAAUGCCUACAAAUGAUUGAGUCUUUAUGUGACUUCUGAGAAGAAUCCAGGCUUUUUUGUUUCUUUUUUUUAGUAGCAAUGGAAAACAUAUCCAAAGAUAUUUUAUUUUAUGAAUAAUGAAGACGGAACAAUCUGUCAAACUGAUGAGUUGCAGUUGAAUUUGUUGUUUUGAACCUGAAAUAUAUUGGCUUUACCAUAAGGAAAAAAUUGGUUUGUUUUUCCUCAACGUAUGGAAAGGAUAUGGUGAUUAAUUUGAUUUAUUCAAGGACUGUAAUUUUUAAUGACAAAAGGCCAGAACAAAAAAAAAAGCACAAAUUAUUUCCAUUAAAACACUUUGCAUAUGUGCAGCAUUUAAUGUUACCUUUUAGUACAAGGACAGCUAGCAAACCAGGAUAAUUCUAAAUACAAAAAUAUUUCAACUCCUUUAA